GUUCUAAGCAGCUGAGGAUGCCCAGGCAGUGAACGCGCAGCCCUGGGACCAAGUGUUACAUGCAACUCAAACCCCGUCGUCGGCGUUUUAUUGCGCGAGGAUUCGCUCUCGACUUCCGUCCAAGGGAUUGACUCUUCAUUUUUUCUCCACCACCUCCUCCUCUCCGAUGUGCAUGACGCCUGCUUGAGCAUCCUCAAGUCACCGCUGAGUGGAGGCUUUGAAAAAAUAAAACAAGUGGAAUAACCUGAAGAGAACAGGAGUCAUAAAUAAAAGACAAUGACAUUUGCGAGCGUCAGAGCAGUCGCGUGAGGCAGACGAGGACGUGAAGACGAAGAGGACCUCCGACGAUGGGGCGUGGUCAGAGGCUCGCUGCAUUUCUCCUGGACUCUUCGGUUGCCUCCAUCUCUCGGCAGGAGGGUCAACCUUGAAACGGAAGCGGCUCGUUUCCCCUGCCGGAGGAUCUCCGCCAAACGGUGAUGUGAUGAAUAAGUUUGAAGUCCUUGGCAUUGUGGGUGAAGGCGCAUAUGGAGUGGUGCUCAAGUGCAGACAUAAGGAAACCAAUGAGCUGGUGGCUAUCAAGAAGUUCAAAGACAGCGAAGAAAAUGAGGAGGUUAAGGAGACGACCCUUCGGGAGCUGAAGAUGCUUCGCACGCUGAAGCAGGACAACAUCGUUGAGCUGAAGGAAGCCUUUCGCCGCAGGGGGAAGCUCUACCUCGUCUUUGAAUACGUAGAGAGGAACAUGCUGGAGCUGUUGGAGGAACUUCCUAACGGUGCAGCGCCAGAUAAAGUGCGAAGUUACAUCUACCAGCUUAUCAAGGCCAUCAACUGGUGUCACAAGAAUGAGAUCGUGCACAGAGAUAUCAAACCAGAGAACCUGCUCAUCAGCUCCGAGGAUGUCCUCAAGCUCUGUGACUUUGGUUUUGCACGUAACCUGUCUGAAGGCACCGACGCCAACUACACCGAGUACGUGGCCACGAGGUGGUACCGUUCACCUGAGCUGCUGCUCGGGGCUCCUUAUGGCAAGGCGGUGGACAUGUGGUCAGUGGGGUGCAUCCUCGGGGAGCUGAGUGACGGGCAGCCCUUGUUUCCAGGCGAAAGCGAGAUUGAUCAGUUAUUCACUAUUCAGAAGGUCCUUGGACCGCUUCCUGCUGAGCAGAUGAAACUCUUCUACAACAACCCUCGGUUUCACGGAAUCAGGUUUCCCUCAGUUACUCAUCCUCAGACAUUGGAGAGAAGGUACCAAGGCAUUUUAAGCGGCUUGAUGUUGGAUCUUAUGAAGAACCUGCUGCUUCUCAACCCUACCGAGCGCUAUCUGACUGAGCAGAGUCUGAAUCAUCCAGCCUUCCAGCCUCUGAGGCAGGUGGAGAGAGAGAGGCCUUCGCCUGCCUCGCCCAACCCUCCACGCUCCUCCAAGAGGAAAACACACCAUCAUGGAGAGAACACAGUCCCUACAAGGAGUCAUACCAAAAGCUCAAGCCAACGGCGCUCCAACAGCAAAGAAUGUUCAAGUCUCCCACGUCAUGGAGACCUCCAUCACCUCGGCAACGAGAAUUUCCUGAAUGGUAACAAACCCCCGUCGAGUUUAAGUCCGACACUUCAUCCCAAGAGUCAGUACCUGUCCCAGACCCUCAAUCGCUCUGCCUCGUCCAGCAAAGAUCUAGUGAAUAACAACCUGCCGCACCUCCUCAGUCCCAAAGAAGUCAAAAACAAAUCUGAGUUCGAUUUCAAUUUGGGACCCUCGCCCAAGUUGCCAGACCAAGGACACGGUGCAAAGUAUGGCCCCAGCAAGCCCAGCGGCUCCUCUCGCUCUCAGCAGCAGCAGCAACAACAACAACAGCAGCAAGGUGGGCGCCACACCUUCUUGGAAAGCAAGACCAACACCAUGCAGUCAGGAGGAGACAAACAACACGGCAGACACUCCCACAGCGUGGCCGACUCAGCCCACGGAUCCAUGUCGUCGUCGUCCAAAAGCUCAGCCUCUUAUCUCAGCCUGUCCAAAAGCCACAGCGCUCUGAGCGAUGCCAAAUCCGUAGGGAACCUCAGCGACGGUCGACUUCACCCUGAUGACCCAAACUCCAAUACAACAGCAGCGGCGGGGCCCAGCGCCCGUUUCUUCCCUACGAGCUGUCUAGACCUCAACGCCCCAUCAGCGGCCCAGGGGCCACCCGGCAGCCCCUCGGCACGACACAGUGAUCACUCCGGGCACAGCCCCGCAUCCCGUAGCAGCAGCAAUGUCCGCAUGGAGAGCAGUACACUCGACUCCUCCUCCAGGCACAAGUCUAGACAAAAAUAUCUGGCUCCAGAGGAGGCGAAAGCUCCAGAGCUCUUAGACCCAGGGGGCGCAGGGAUGCCCUCCACCCACACGCUGCCCUCCCCGCAUGAUUCGUACCAUUAUGGCCUGGGUUACUCGUCCCCCUUCUCCUCUCAGCAACGGCCUCAACGCCACUCCAUGUACGUGAGGAGAGAGCGCCACCGACCUCAUGCCGUAGAAGCCGGGAUGGCGGGCUUGCCCACUCCGGGUCAGGCGAUACCAACGCGAGCCUCUAGUCUGCAGCUCCUUUCUCCGCAACUGCAGCACAGGACUACCCUCACCGGACACUCAGUGAGCUCCUCCAGGGAGGACUGCACGGAUGGCAUGAGCAGGAGUGAGCAGCCCCCUAAAGACAUGAGCCACCCUUGUGCCCCCAUCAAAGAUUCCACGAGGGACAACACUGCUGCUUUUCAUACUCAGCGACCGCCGAAAAAUGAGGUCGGUAUGUACCAUGACCCUCAUGGAGAGGAUGGAGUGUCCUCCAAAGAGAACCGAAUGAUCUUCACUGAGUCCAUGCCUCGAAGAGUUGGCAGUUUUUACAGAGUACCGUCCCCCAGACCGGAUAACUCCUCGUCUUUCCAUGAUGGUGUCGGGCAGGGUCGAGGACCAGUCGUACCCGUUGUCCCUGGCAACCCUGUUUCCAUGGCCAACCACUCCAAACGCCAGACUGCCUUUGACUGGAGCGCUGCAGAAGCAAUGGUGAUGAAUCCUCCAGAGCCCGCCAAAGAGAAGGAAAAACAAGGCUUCUUCAGAGCCAUUAAAAAGAAAAAGAAGAAGGCACAAAUAACAGACAUGGCAGACGGGAGGAACCCCAGUAUCAGGAAAAGCCUUUUCCCUCUCUUCAGCUCCAAGAACAGCUUAAAGCACAACUCAGCUGUCAAAGUCCUUCCGGUGGUGCCCUCACCCAUGCUACAACAGCAGGCUCCUCCACCACCAUAUCCUGCUACAACAGGACCUGGGAAUGCUCCAGAGCAUUUGUCCCAGCAGAGGGGCACCAAGUCAUCCUCGCACCACGGAAGCCGCCGGAAAAACCGAGAGCGAUCCCGAGACAGAGACCGGGAACGGGAGCAGAGCCGAGAACGCGACAGGGACAGAGAGAGGGAAAGAGGAAGGGAGAGAGUGACUGAGUGGCCAACAGAAAAAACAGUGGACUCACACACUCAGAGCCAACCGCUGAAGUCCCUUCGCAGGCUCCUUCACCUCUCCCCUUCUCCAAACCAAGGCCCGCCUCCUCCUCCUCCUCCUCCUCCCGCAGACCUGCGCUUCCAGCCCCCUCUCCCCAACCCCCCUCAGCCCUCCUCCAAAGCCGUCUACCCCGAGGGCCGAGGGCACGCCGAGAGCCGGGGCCACUCGGGGGCGAGCGGCUCGUCCCAGGCCAAGAGCCGCAAGGCCAGCUACCCGCUCCCGGGCCAGCUGGAGUCCGCCUGGCACGUGUCGGCCUUGCAGCGGGCCGAGGGCGCGCAGUUCACGGCCGAACAGCUGGGCAUCAAACCGGGGCAAAACGGACCCAUCUUUACCCGUGCCUCCCGCGCCAGAAUGCCAAACCUCAAUGACCUGAAGGAGACGGCGCUCUAAAGGCCCACCUCAAACCGUACCACCUCCGCUACGGCUCAUCUGGGACCCACCUGCCGGAUGGACGAGGGCGCCGUCUGACUUUAGUUGCAGUUUACAUGAAAGCUUCUUGCACUCAUCCCGCCUGGUGACCUGUGACGAACACCUGAUGUGGACACGCCACAAACGAGCACUUGCAAGGGGGUCCAGCCUUUGGAAAGCAGUUUGAACAUUUAGUCGAUCGUCUUGAUAUCCAGUAUAAGGUUCAUGUACUAGUACUCGCUUUCUUCUCAGUAGUAAUUGUCUUACUACUGAGAAGCACACUAGUAGAACGACUAGGGCCCACGACCAGAACAUCUGUGUCUUACUAGUCGUGAUUUUUUCCACUACUGUACAACAUUACCGCACCAGUAGGGCAACUACCCCCACAUGUUGCUGGUGGCCAAACUACUAGUUGGUAUUUUGCUGCUAUUAGUACUACAACUGAAACGCUAGAAAUGUAGAAUGUCAAAAGUAGUGCUAGUACCUCACCAGUGUCCACUACUGCAAGGUUUUAACUCACUAGUAACAUGUUGUUGUCCUACUAGUGAGGACCAAGAGCAAACUAGUACACGGACCUCAAGCUGAAUAUCAAGGAAGCAUUUAUUUUAUAUCCUUGUUAUCCAGCUUUGUCCUCACUAGUAAGAUAAGUCAGCGCUAGUCGUGUUACUAGUGCGGCCUCCAAGAACAACCGUGUCUUACUAGUAAUCUUUUCUUUUCCACUAUUGUAUGACUAGUGAGGCAAAACUAAUGAUGGGCAUUUUGUUACCAGUAGAGUCCAGGACGCUAAUAGUGUGUGACACAUGCCUACUUGUUGGGCCUAGUAGUGUUACUCGUGCAGCACAGUAGUUUACUAGUAAGGUUUGAAUGUGCACUCGUAGGCCAAAAGUGUCUUUCAUCGUGGGGGAAAAAAAUAAGAAUUUAAGUAGGACACAUUUCUGCAAGUGUGCUGAAUUGUCGUACUAGUGAGGACAAAGAGCGUACUGGUACAUGGAUCUGAAGCUGGAUAUCUAGCACAUGGAAUACAUGCUUAA